AUCACAGGUAAAUCAAUGCCAGCUCGUACUUCAUCGCCUGAAUCUUCAAAAAGAUACCAUCGUGACAGAGAAGAUGAAGUAGAUUACCACAGAUCUGGCCGUGAGAGAGAUAGACGUGAACGUGAGCGAGAGAGAGACAGAGACAGAGAUAGACGUAACAGGGACAGAUAUAGACGGAGAUCUAGGUCACCACCAGCGAGAAAUGACAGAAACGACAGAAAUGAGAGAGAUCAGAAGCCAACUGAGAAGCCAGCCGAGAGCACGCCACAAAAGGAGAAGACAGAGGAUAGGAAAAAGCGUAUGGAGGCUUUCUUAGCUGCUCGUAAAGCUGCAAAAGCGAAAGAGAGCCCUGCUCCGAGCCAGUCUCAAUCACCAGCCACGCCAGCAGCACCAUCGAACAACCAGAGCGCACAACAGAAGCCUAUCUCUUUAGGUCUUAAAGCAUUCUCUAAUAGAAAUAUAACAACAAAAGCUGCAACAAUGGAUUAUGAUGAGGAGUCGAACAGUCUGGCUAUGCAUACUUUACCACCCGUGCAAUCGUCGAUUCCAACAAAUAGCAUUGGCGGAGAUAUAGAAUCAACUGAAGACCAGGGUGAUAAGAUGGCAGUGGAUGAACCAAGCGAACAGCCACAGGAGGAGGAAGAGGAAGAGGAAGACCCUCUUGACGCCUUCAUGAGUGGUGUUAAAGAAGAAGUCACCCGCGUUAACGAAUCAGAUAAAAAGCGUAUGGGUACUAAACCCAACACAGUCACAGCUGCUCGACUAGAUGACGAUGACGACGAUGAAGAAGAGGAGCAGAAAGAGGAAGACGUUUCAAAGAUGUCAGCAGAAGAUAUUUUAGCAUUGGCAGCCAGUAGAGUGAAAAGGAAAGAAGUUGCUGUCACUGAUCACUCGAAAGUCGACUAUGAACCUUUCAGAAAGUCUUUCUACAAUCCACCGUCUGAAAUCCAGAACCUAUCCGAAGAGGACGCGGAGAACCAACGCUUGCUACUCGAUGGUAUCAAGAUCAGAGGUAUUGAUUGCCCAAAACCAGUGACAAAGUGGUCACUGUUGGGUUUACCAUCCUCUUGUCUUGAAGUUAUCAAAUAUUUACAGUAUGAUCAACCGUCGUCUAUCCAAGCACAAGCAUUACCUGCUAUAAUGAGUGGUAGAGAUGUUAUUGGUGUCGCAAAAACAGGUUCCGGAAAGACAAUAGCCUUUUUGCUACCACUCUUUAGACAUAUAAAAGAUCAACGUCCACUUGAGAAUCUCGAGGGUCCAAUUGGUGUGAUUAUGACGCCAACUAGAGAGUUAGCUGUCCAAAUUCACCGUGAAUGUAAGCCAUUUUUAAAGGCUUUAGGAUUGAGAGCUAUCGCAGCUUACGGUGGAUCACCAAUAAGUGAGCAAAUUGCCGAGAUGAAGAAAGGUGCAGAAAUUGUCGUAUGUACACCAGGACGGAUGAUAGAUUUGUUGGCUGCAAACUCCGGCAGAGUCACAAACCUCCGUAGAACUACCUAUCUUGUUCUCGAUGAAGCUGAUAGAAUGUUUGACAUGGGUUUUGAACCACAAGUAAUGAAAAUUAUCAAUAACGUGCGGCCUGAUCGCCAAACUGUAUUGUUUUCGGCCACUUUCCCUAAACAAAUGGAAUCGCUGGCUAGAAAGAUACUUCAAAAGCCACUAGAGAUAACUGUUGGUGGUAGAUCAGUUGUUGCCCCUGAAAUUGACCAACAAGUUGAAGUGAGAGAGGAAUCUAGUAAAUUCAAUCGCUUGUUAGAAAUACUUGGACAAACUUAUAAUGAAGAUGAUGAAGCAAGAACGCUCAUUUUCGUAGAUAGACAGGAAGCUGCUGAUAAUUUGCUCUUCAACUUGCGCAUAAAAGGUUACGUCGCUAUGAGUUUACAUGGAGGAAAAGACCAAGUAGAUAGAGACCAGGCUAUAACGGAUUUCAAAAAUGGUGUUAUACCAAUUGUCAUAGCUACAUCAGUUGCAGCAAGAGGGUUAGACGUCAAGCUCCUCAAGUUGGUUUUGAACUAUGACGCACCUAACCACUUGGAAGAUUACGUACAUAGAGCAGGUAGAACAGGUAGAGCAGGUAACAAAGGAACCUGCAUCACCUUCAUCACACCUGAGCAAGACAAAUAUUCUGUUGAUAUAGAAAAAGCCUUAACCGCCUCUGGUGCAAGCGUUCCUAGUGAGCUUAAAGCUAUGUCCGAAGCAUUCCUCCAGAAGGUCAAAGAAGGUAAGGCUACAGUUGCAGGAUCAGGAUUCGGAGGUAAGGGUUUGGACAGAUUUGAAAAAGAACGUCAAGAUCUCGAAAAGGCACAAAGGAGUGCUUACGGUGAAGACGAAGAAGUCAAAAAGGAUGGUGCCGCUAGUGCUGCCACUAACGAGAAGGUAUCAAAGGAGACUGAAGAUAUGUUUGGCGAGAUCAAAAUUCAAAAAGGACCAGCACCUGCUGAUUAUAAACCACUCAAUCUUGGAGCAUCUACCGAUUCAAGCGAUAUCAAACCAGAGAAUGCAACUUCGGCAGUCGCUAAAGCUGCUGCUGUCGCUGCCAAGCUUAGUAUGCAACGUGGAGCAGCUGUAUCUGCAACUCUAGGUGGUCCAAUCAAGAACAAAGAUCCCGAUGCAACAGACUACCAUGCGAUUAUUCCAAUCAACGAUUACCACCAACGUGCUAGGUGGAAGAUUACCAAUAAGGAGACCAUUGUCUAUCUGAACGAAACCACUGGAUGUUCUAUCACCAAUAAAGGUAUCUAUUACGAGCCUGGAAAAGAGCCUUCUUUGGCAGACCAACCAAAGUUGCACUUGCUUGUUGAAUCAAAUGAGAUAGAAAGGGUUGAGAAAGCAGUACGCUCAAUCAAGUUUAUUCUCAUUGAAGCAACCCAAGCAGCGCUUGAAUUUGAUGCCAAGAACCAGACAACAGGUCGUUAUAGCGUACUCUGAUUUCUUUGUAAUAAUAACUUAAUGCGUACGAGUAAUGUAAAUAAUCUAAAAUGCAUAAUCAAAAAAGGCUACCCAAGAAACCCAUUCUAUUGACAUAAUCUGCGACAGUACCCAACCAAAUGAAACCACCGAGUUUGGAAUUGCUGACAAACUUCAACCAACAAUCUGAAGGACUAUCAAGAUUAACAGUUUUGAGUUGCCAAGCGAGGUGAGCAGCAGCUCCUCCAGGUGCAAGUAAGUAAAAUGGCAGAGUGGCAUCAGCAGCAUAUCCGGCUGCGCUCAAAAGGCCGACAAAUCCACCUGAGAAGGCUGUUAAAACUGGCUUAGUUUGUUCGCCAAAGAGUAGCGCUGUUGACUUGAUACCAGCGUGUACAUCAUCAGUUUUGUCUUGAUGUGCGUAGAUAGUAUCAUAGACAAUCGUCCAGCAGAAAGCGCCCGUGUAAAGUGGCAGGACAGUCUGCCAAGCGCAAGAUCCUGCAAUUGCAGAAUAUCCGAGGAGUGCACCCCAGUUGAAAGCCAAUCCGAGAACUGCUUGCGGCCAAUACGUUAUCCGUUUCAUGAAGGGGUAAAUAGUGACCAAUGAGAGUGAAGAAGCACCUAAUAAGAUACUGUAUAAAUUGAGUUGAGUAAGAAUACCCAACCCGGCGGAGAGUUGCAAUCCAAGGAAUCCAAUAGCGUUCGCUGGUGUCACAUCGCCUGCUGCCAGCGGCCUUGUUUUCGUGCGCUCGACAGCAGCAUCCAGCCUGCGAUCCCAUAAAUCAUUGAUAACACAUCCCGCACCUCUCAUAAUGAGCGAUCCAGUACCAAAUAGUGCGAGAUAUUUAAGCAUUUCUGUCGGCGUAGCUUGUACUGCACUAGAUGCUAAGGUGAUUGACCAUGCGCAAGGCCAAAAGAGUAAAAAUGUUCCAAUAGGUCUAUCAGCUCUCGUGAGAAGAAAAUAAGGCUUCCAUUUGGCCGGUAAAUUACGAAGUACGAAUGACUCUUUCGGAAGAGCAGCAGGAGCAGAAGCAGGAGCAGUUGUUGACGUCGUGUUAAACCUCAGAUUUAGGAGUACAUUGCUAUUCUGCAGCAAGCUACUUCUAUAGCAUUUCUGCGGUCUUGCUAUCCCUAAGAAACCUCUUAUCAUGCUGUCACUUGCGAAGGGAAGGCACCCUAUCAAAUUAUUACCCUAAGGAAGCAAAAAAUUCGUAUUCUCCUAUUAGGCAUGUCAAUUCCAACUUUCUAUCAGUGCAUAUGUAUCUUUCUAUCCUCGGGCAUCUUCGAAUGUAAUUAAUAGCUAUAAGUAGCGACCGGCGACACAUAUGCUGUCAUGCAUUGUCUCCGGAAGCUAAGCUAGUUCUUUUAAUAGCUUUUAAUUUACACAAAUUGAGUCAAGAAUAGCCUUUUCAAAUUGAUAACUGCCAUAUCCGGGUCGUUCAGUCUCAGAAAGUGAAACAGGAUAACUAAAGUUGUUUAACGGAAUAAUAAUUCCCAAAUACGGAAAGCGGAACAAUUUAAUUUGUUCGCAGGUCUCGCCGUCCAGGCAUAAUAAGAAUCGCAGUGAAUGGCCUUAACAUUCUUCAUCAAUCACCACUACUUUCGUUAAAGAAUAAUCAAGAUGACUCGUGCUACUUCAAUCGCUCUCAUUGCUUCCCUCGCUGGCGCUGCUUUCGCUACUGAAUCAGUUGGUGAUUGCUCAAUCAACAACGUCAAGUGUUGUGACCAAGUUAAGGAUGUUAAGGACCUCGACGAAGGUACUGCUUCCCUCAUCGACAUUCCAGAACUCCUCGGACAAGUUGGUCUCCAAUGUGAUCAAGUUCCUAUCCUUGGUGUUGCUAUUCAAGACAUGUGUAAGAACACUGCUGCUUGUUGUGAUGGUACCACACAAAAUGGUCUUGUCAACGUCAACUGCACUCCUAUUCCACUCAUCUAGAGUGUCUCAAAAAUGAAUCUUGAUAUUGGACAAUUAUUCAUCGUGUAACACAUUAAAAUACAUUUAAAUACACAAAAUAUAAA